GAGUCCAAGUUUAGGCCUCCUCCAUCCUUCCGCUCUGGUGACAUCUGUGACGUUGUAAGUAGUCUCCACUCAAGCUCGACGAAGGAGGACAAAGAUCUGCACUCAGUUCUUCGCCUGUUUAAUGCUAAUGAAAUCAAGUCUGUCUUUACCCCAGCGCAGGCACUGCGGAGAGAAAGCGACGAACAGUGGGCGUCACAUGUUGGGGAGGAGCCGCUGAAGUGGGAGAAGGAAGUGGCGGAGUUCCCGGACUUCCGAUGUGGCAGCUCAAGUUCAGUAUGUGGGUCUUCUUCUAGUAGCUCGAGUAGUAGAGCUGCCAUUUCUGCUCCGUCGUUACUUCAGGGUGGACGCAUUGAGUGCUUCUGCGCAGAGUGUAGGGCUUGGGUUGUGAAGCAGCAGGCCAGGAGGCGCGCCAAGGACCGCAGCGUGCGUGGUGGUGGUCUCUCGAAGUCGUCCUCUUCUAUUCAGUUCACAACUACUUCCUCUUCCUCUUCUGAUGAAUAUAACGGAGUGGUGCCCGCGUGUGGUGGUGAUCGCCUGGCGUCCUCGAGAUUGGUGGAAGACCUUGAGGAUGACCUCCUAG